AUGGCUCUUCUUAAACAUAUUCUUACUCCUAUUCCUUUAUAUUAUUUUUCACUUUUCAAAGCUCCAAUUUCCAUCAUUAAUAUUUUGGAGAACAAAAUGAGGAACUUUCUAUGGGAGUAUAAAGAUUCAGGCAGUAAGAGCUCUCAUUUAAUCAAUUGGAAGAUGGUUAUGGCUGUAAGAAAAAGAGGAGGGUUGGGAAUUCUGAAUCUUAGGUUGAUGAAUCAAGCACUUUUGGCUAAAUGGAGUUGGAGAUUUGGGGUGGAAAAGGCGCAGCUGUGGUGCAAACUUAUGGUGGAAAAGUAUGGCUCUGAUUUCUCUUACUGGACUCCAAAAAAAGUUAAAUCUCCUCAUGGUGUCUCUUGUUGGAGAAUUAUUGUUGAUUGUAGUAAUCUGGUAACAAAAUAUUAUUCUCUUAGAAUACAUUCAGGUACUCUCACUUCUUUUUGGCAUGACAGAUGGCUUGGAGACUCUUGUUUUAUGGACUCUUUCAAUAAUCUGUACAAACUAGACAAGGGGUACAAUGCUAGUGUUGCUGAUCAUAUUACAGCAGAUGGAUGUUGGAAGUUUGUAUUUAAGAGAAAUCUAACAGAUGCGGAAUCAAACUCUCUAGCUGCUUUUUUGCAGAUUAUCGGUUCUACACCUCCUAGUCUACAAGGAAGAUCUGAUUGCAGAGGAUGGUUGUUGCACUCAAGUGGAGUUUUCUCAGUAAAAACAUUAUAUGCGGAGUUAAACAGCAAUGCAGGAAAUGAUAACUUUCCUCAUGGCUUUGUCUGGAUUACAUGUAUUCCACCUAAAGUUAAUUUUUACUGUGGUGUGUUGUUCAUGGAAAGUUGA